AUGUUUCUAGUUGGGAGCCUCGUUGUCCUCUGUGGGCUGCUGGCCCAGAGCUCGGCCCAGCUGGCAGGCCUGCCUUUGCCACUGAACCAGGGUCUGCCCUUGCCACUGAACCAGGGCCUGCCCACAUCUGUGGGUCACUGCCGGCCCUUGCACCUGGGCCAGAGCCUGCCCUAUGGGGCAACCCCAGUCAUAUCCACAUAUCCUACAGACUAUCUUGCUAAAAACUUCAGAGAUGCUUUCAGCCAAGGCCUGCUGUCUGGGGGGAUUCUGGGCUUUCUGGAACACAUGCCUCUCCUGAGCUACGUGAGACCUGCAGGAAGCAAUGCUGGUGGGCUGGUCGGGGUGCUUGGAAAAGUGAUUUCAUCAAUCCCAAUCCUGAACAACAUCCUCGACAUAAGAGUCACUAAUCCCCAGCUGCUGGAACUUGGUCUCGUGCAGAGCUAUGACUUCCACCGCCUCUACGUCACCAUCCCUCUGGGUUUUGAACUCAAAGUGAACACACUCGUGGUUGGAAGUCUGUUGGAGCUGGCUGUGAAGCUGGAUGUCACUGCAGAAGUCUAUGCUGUGAGAGACAUUUAUGGGAGGAGCCGUCUGGUCAUUGGUGACUGUAUUCACUCUCCUGGCAGCUUACGUAUCUCGCUGCUUAACAAACUCAGUCCCCUUCAAAGCCUGAUAGACAGCCUCACAGACAUCUUGACUAAAGUCAUUCCUGGCCUGGUGCAGGGUGUGGUAUGUCCUCUGGUCAAUGGGAUUCUUGGCCUCUUGGAUGUCACUCUGAUGCAUGACGUUGCUGACUUGCUGCUGCAUGGAGUACAAUUUGUCAUUAAGGCCUAA